AUGGAUAUCGAAAAUGUUUACUUAAUUCCACAUUCAUCGAAACCUAUUAACGAACAUUUAAAUCCCAAUUUAUUAGCAGAUUUAUAUCCAACUUUAUUCUGUUAUGGGCAUGGAGCACCUGAAGAUCAAUCACGUCCAGUUCAGAUAAAAUUAAAAGAACACAUAUGUUAUCUAUUAUCUUAUAACGAUCGUCGUUUUAAAACAAACCACAGUUUUAUAUUUGUAGUCUUCAAUUUAUUGCAACGGUGUGAUGCCUGCUUUCAUGCUCAACUGAUAGCAACCAAGCCUUACUUUCAAUCAUCUGCUGAUGAAAUUCUAUCUUUGAGUAGUAAAUAUAUUGAAAUAGUCCUUAACAAUAAUUCCAAAAUAAUAUACAAUUCAGAAUCAAACAAUGCAUUAAACAAACUGCUGCAACGUAUUAAAACUGUUGGUGGCCGGGUUAUGGGUUCAGCAUAUUCACGAACAGCUUUACGUGCCCGAACUCAUGCACUUAUCUAUAGUCAAGGACUACCUAGCAUAUUUCUUACUUUAAAUCCAGCCGAUAUCCACAGUCCUGUGGCAUUAUACUUUGCAGGCGUUAAACUUGAUCUAGACAAUAUCCAAAACGAAUAA